AGCUUCCGUGGCUCAAUCGUCAUGAAGCCGGGGCCACGCGUGCCGCCUAAGGGAUCCCGGCAGCUGAAGCCGCCAGGCGAAGCGCGAUCAGCGCCGCGGGUCUCGCAGGUGCAGAGACAGGCGGACGAGGUGAAAUCGCUGGAGAAGCAGGCAGGUGACCUGGUGCGUAGCAAUGACUUAAGAGGGGCCGUGCACAUGUACGAGGAGUGCAAGGCCGCCAUCGAAGAGGCGCUGGAAGGCCUUCCCAAGGAUGAUGUAUGCUACUCGAGCCUGGUCGAGCGCAGAAGUGGUGUUGAGGAGAAGAUUGCAAAGUGCAAGCAAUUCCUGCCCUUCGAGUACUUUCUGAAGGCGCCAAAAUGAUGCGCACGGCGCCACGGUGUGCCGUGCAACGGGCCUUGACCCGCCGCAGAGCAGGUCUGGAGUAGGGCUUGCAGGGAUUUGGCUGUUGGCAAGCUUGAAAGGCUGGCUUUUGAAUCCCGGAGAUGCAAUCUUCGUGCGGGUGCUUGCGAAUUGGCGUGAGCAUCUUCCUUAGUUGGCCGCAGAUUCCACUGUGCUAGAGAGGAA